AUGGCGACACCCGAGCACUGUCUCUACUGCUUCGAGUCCCUCGCAGCCAAGCUCGAGGACCGUGACGCCCUCUCCCUCAAGGGCGUGCAAAAGUCCUACGCCGCCUACCUCACCUCCCUCACUUCCUCUCAGUCCGACGAAACCUCUCCAGCCAAGAAGAUCCCCGCCCUGCGCCGCCUUGCCGCAGCAUCCUCCUCCGCCGUGGGGCUGUCGUCGUCGUCCUCCUCCCUAGCAGCCUCCGGUAGCUCCUCCUCCACCUCCCUCUCAGACAACACCGCCGCCACCAGCAUCUCCUCCUCCUCCGACAGCACACAGGUGACGGACCCACACGCAUGCUACCCGCUCUUUGUGACCUGGGACAAGCACCACGCCGCCUCCUCCGCCUGGCACCUGCGCGGCUGCAUCGGGACCUUUUCCGCCGAGGAACCCCUCUCCUCGGCGCUGUCCGAGUACGCCAUCAUCUCCGCCCUGCACGACUCGCGCUUCGCCCCUGUCCCUCUGCGCGAGCUGCCCCAGCUCCGCUGCGCCGUCACCCUCCUGACCAAUUUCGAGGAAUGCGCCGGCGUCGACGACUGGACCGUCGGCGAGCACGGCAUCCGCAUCUCCUUCACCUGGCAGGGCCGCAGGUACGGGAGCACCUAUCUCCCCUCCGUCGCCCCCGAGCAGGGCUGGGACAAGGAGCAGACUAUGCUGAGCCUCAUGCGCAAGGCCGGCUGGGAGGGCAAGAGGAGCACUUGGCGGGACGUUGCCGAGAGGAGCGCCAUGCGGGUCGAGAGGUACCGCGGGGACAAGGAGGAGGUUGACUAUGCCGAGUACAAGGCCUGGAGGGAUUGGGUGGAC